ACAAGGAGCUGAGGAUGGAGACCAGGGAGGACAAAUCCCCACAGCACCACAGCAGAACCUCGUGGAAGAGGCCAUUUUGAGCAGCUCCACUGCACAGGAAUCCAACUGGGAGGAAAAGGCCCAGAUAUCCCACAGGAGGAGGGGCUCCAAACCCAUCCCAGGGUGCUUUGAGGAGGAAAGACCCACCCUGUGCUGGGAAGGCGGCCGGAGAUCCAGCUGGGGCUUUGAGCUGGUGGUCCAUGAGCAGCUUCAGGAUGGGGAGAAGCGCUACAAGUGCUUAGAGUGUGGGAAGAGCUUCAGCCACAGCAAAAGCCUGAUCUGCCAUCAGAGGAUCCACACUGGGGAAUGUCCCUAUAUGUGUGGGGACUGUAGGAUGACCUUCAGCCACAGGUCCCACCUGACCAUCCACCAGAGGAUCUACACUGGGGAGAGGCCCUACAAGUGUCCUGAGUGUGGGAAGAGGUUUCAGACCAGCUCCCAUCUCCUCCAGCACCAGCGGAUUCACACGGAUGAGAGGCCCUUCCGCUACCCUGACUGUGGGGAAGGCUUCAAGCAAAACUCCCACCUCAUCACCCACCGGUGCAUUCACACUGGGGAGAGGCCCUAUGAGUGUCCACAGUGUGGCCGGAGAUCCAGCCGGGCCUCUGAGCUGGUGGUCCAUGAGCAGCUUCAGGAUGGGGAGAAGUGCUACAAGUGCUUGGAGUGUGGGAAGAGCUUCAGCCAGAGCAACAGCCUGAUCUGCAACCAGAUGAUCCACACUGGGGAAUGGCCCUACGAGUGUGGGGAAUGUGGGAAGGGCUUCAGCUGCAACUCCAAACUUACCCGUCACCAGCGCAUCCGCACUGGGGAGAGGCCCUAUGAGUGUCCUGAGUGUGGGAAGAGGUUUCAGACCAGCUCCAUUCUCUUUGUGCAUCAGCAGAUUGACGCAGAGGAGAGGCCCUUCCGCUGCCCUGAGUGCGGGGAGGGCUUCAAGUACAACUCCAACCUUGUCAGGCACCAGUGCAUCCACACUGGGGAGAGGCCCUACAAGUGUCCCCAGUGUGGGAAGAGCUUCACCCAGAGCUUCACCUUGACCCAACAAGAGCAGCUUCAGGAUGGGGAGAAGCCCUACAAAUGCUUGGAGUGUGGGAAGAGCUUCAGCCAGAGGAAAACCCUGAUCCGCCACCAGAUGAUCCACACCAGUGAGAGGCCCUAUGAGUGUGGGGAAUGUGGGAAGGGCUUCAGCUUCCACUCUGAACUCAUCUGUCACCAGCACAUCCACACUGGGGAGAGGCCCUACGAGUGUCCCAAGUGUGGGAAGAGGUUUCAGACCAGCUCCCAUCUCCUCCUGCACCAGUGGAUUCACACAGAUGAGAGGCCCUUCUGCUGCCCUGAGUGUGGGAGGGACAAGAGAAACUCCACCCUCAUCAUCCACCAGCGCAUCCACACUGGGGAGAGGCCCUACGAGUGUCCCCAGUGUAGGAAGAGCUUCUCCAGGAGCUUUAACUUAACCAAACACCAACAGAGGCACGGGUAUGGGAAGCCCUGA